GCUGAUUGGUGGGUUCGGUUCCCCUGUCAGUCAGUCUGGGCCGAUGAGCUCCGCUGCCGGGUUCGUGAAGGAGCGGGCAGAGUAUCGGGCCUGACAUGGAGCCGCCUCCCGGGCCCCGGCCGGUCCCUCCCCCCCGCAGGGCGGCGUCUGGGGAGCACCGAGCAGCGAGUCCCCCAGGCGGGGAGCCCAGAGCAUGCUGGGAGAGGGCCCCUGAGGGAGCCCGAGGGCCACACCGGGAGAGCGCUGUCACCCAGACCGUGCUCAUAGUGAUGGAGAAACGGAGAGAGAGCACGGCCACCGAAACCGCCACCGGAACCGCCACGGCGCAGCUCGGAGCAACGCGGAGCCCUGCCAACGAAACCGCCAACGAAACCGCCACAGCACCAACGCAGGCCACGGCGCAGCUCGAAAUGGCACCAACGCAGGCCACGGCGCAGCUCGAAAUGGCACCAACGCAAGCCACGGCGCAGCUCGGAACAACGCGGAGCCCUGCCAACGAAACCGGAACCGCCAACGAAACCACGGCACCAACGCAGGCCACGGCGCAGCUCGAAAUGGCACCAAGGCAAACCAUGGCGCAGCUCGAAAUGGCACCAACGCAGGCCAUGGCGCAGCUCGAAAUGGCACCAGCGCAGGCCAUGGCGCAGCUUGAAAUGGCACCAACGAAAGCCACGGCGCAGCUCGAAGUGGCACCAACGCAAGCCACGGCGCAGCUCGAAAUGGCACCAACGCAAGCCACGGCGCAGCUCGAAAUGGCACCAACGCAAGCCACGGCGCAGCUCGAAAUGGCACCAACGCAAGCCACGGCGCAGCUCGAAAUGGCACCAACGCAAGCCACGGCGCAGCUCGAAAUGGCACCAACGCAAGCCACGGCGCAGCUCGAAAUGGCACCAACGCAAGCCACGGCGCAGCUCGGAACAACACAGAGCCCCGCCACAGCGCACCAUGAAAUGACACCAACGCAGGCUACGGCACAGCGCGUAAUAACGCAGAGCCCUGCCACGGAAAUCGCCACGGCACAGAACAGAACAACACAGAGGCACGUCACUGCGCAGCAUGAAACGACAACUGCACACGCCAAAGCGCAGCACCGAACAAUGCUGAGCCCAGUCACAGCUCACCAGGAAACAAUACCGAGUCACACCAUGGCACAGCUUCAAACCGCGCAGAGUCAUGCCACGGGGCAGCAGAAAACAUCGAUGAGCCCUGCCACAAUGCAGCUUGAAACUACACAGAGCCCCGCCGCAACACCGCACAAAGCAAUGCUGAGUAACGUCACGCCGCAGUACGAAACGGCAAAGAGUCACGCAAUGGAGUAUGACAUUGCACCGAGUCACACACCGGAGCAAAGUCGUGCCACUCACACCAUGCCGCAGCUCGAAAUGAUGCAGGCUUGCAAGACUCCAGAGAGGCACGAUACAUCACAUCAUGACAUGGCGCAGAGUCGCACCACGGCACAGCUUGAGAUGCUGCAGAAUCAUGCCAUUCAGCACCUUCUAACGGUACAGCAUGAAACAGCUCAAAGUCACAUCACACACCAGAGCGGAAUUCAACAAUACAAGACAGAUAGUUAUGACACGAUGCAAAGUCACAAAUUGACACAGAACUGUGUGCUACCACAGCAAGAUUGCAGAGAACUGAGCAGAACGGCUCCACUCCAGUCAUCAAAUCAACAAGACAGCAGCACACUGAUCCAACGUGGCAGUGCGAUGCAGGGUACCACAGUACAAAGCUCCGCAACAUUACAAGACAAGCAUGCGCUGCAGAGCCAUGGAAAGCCAGACUCAGAUGGCAUUGUACAGAGCAAUGUGACUCUCAAACUGGACAGCAAAAUAACACAGCAUAAUGUGUCUCCUUCACCAGAAACUCUGCAAAGCCACCAAUCGCCACAGCAAUCCAACACGUUAAUGGAUACAGAGAGUCACACACCGAGCUAUGUAAAGUCCCAGGAAGAUAAUUCCACCACAUGUGUUGUGUCUCUUGCAAGGGACCGCAUUAAGCAGAGAAAUGUUUUAAAGAGUAACCUCUCAACCAGUAAUACGCCACCCGCAGAUGGCGGUGUUUCCGUUGCAUCGGGUGAUUUCCUACAGAAGGAUGUCACAGCAGCUCAGGACAGAGUUUUAACCAAUGUGAAAGGGGCCACCCAUGGGGAAUUGAUCCCAUCAUCUACAAACGAAACAAGUCAUGGCUUCAGUGAACAGACUUUGGUGACACAGGAAGAGCCACACUCCACAAGUGGCAUGCUGCCUCACUCCUUCCCACAGGUAGCCCCAGCCUACACUGGACAGGCUCCGUCUCACUCCUCCUCUGAGCUAUCUACUCUCACCACAGGAGAGGCACAGUCUUCCUCCACCUCAAAGGUAAACCCAGUCUCCAUCAAAGAGACUCGAUCUCACACCUAUCUGGUGGAAGCAUCCGUCUCCACCAGUGGCUCACCAUCCCACUCCAAUCCAGGGGCAGCACCACUCUCCACUGGUGGUAUCCCAGCCCGCUCAUCUCCAGGAGCCGCCUCAUUAUCUAGUACUGGAGGAUCAAAACUUUCUCCUGUCCGUGUCCACGAUCCUUCUAGUCCGCUUAGGAAUAAGUCCUCCAAACCUCCACUCCCUACUCCCCCCAGAUCUAAUUUAUACCCUGGCCCCCCUCCUUCCAUUGAUUCUGAUUCUUCCUUCCGCCAUGAAACAGCUUCGCUGGCCAGUUAUAGGUCAAAGCCUCAGGCUCCGGAUACACUCAGUUACUUGGACUCUGUGAGCCUAAUGUCCGGUACAAUGGAAUCUCUCUCCAUGCUGGACGAUGCCAGCUCGUUGGGUUCUGACUCUGAAAUCAAUGGUAUGACGUGUCGCAAGACCGAUAAGUAUGGCUUUCUAGGAGGAAAUCAGUACAGCGGGAAUGGAGAGAGCAAUAUACCGGUGGAAAUUGCACGGCAGAGGGAGCUGAAGUGGUUAGACAUGUUUAAUCAUUGGGACAAGUGGCUGAGCCGACGCUUUCAGAAGGUAAAGCUCAGAUGCCGAAAAGGCAUACCAUCUUCCCUGCGCUCAAAGGCCUGGCAACUUCUCUCCAACAGCCAUGAUCUGUUGCUCAAAAACCCUGGCAAAUUUGAGGAGAUGGAGAGGCAGCCUGGGGACCCCAAGUGGCUUGAUGUGAUUGAAAAGGAUCUACACAGACAGUUUCCUUUUCAUGAAAUGUUCGCAGCCCGUGGAGGCCAUGGGCAGCAGGAUUUGUUCCGUAUCCUGAAAGCUUACACGAUUUAUCGCCCAGAGGAGGGUUACUGCCAGGCUCAGGCCCCUGUUGCAGCUGUAUUACUAAUGCACAUGCCAGCUGAGCAAGCCUUCUGGUGCCUUGUUCAGAUCUGUGACAAGUACUUGCCAGGAUAUUACAGUGCCGGCCUGGAAGCAAUCCAGCUGGAUGGGGAGAUCUUCUUUGCCCUCUUGCGUAGAACUUGUCCGAUGGCCUAUCGGCACCUCAAAAAGUUCAAGAUUGAUCCCAUUCUUUAUAUGACAGAGUGGUUUAUGUGCAUCUUCUCUCGCACCCUUCCAUGGGCUUCUGUCCUUCGUGUUUGGGACAUGUUCUUCUGUGAAGGGGUGAAGAUCGUGUUUCGUAUUGGCCUGGUGUUACUGAAACAUACACUGGGAUCGGUGGACAAGCUGCGGAGCUGUCAAGGAAUGUAUGAGACAAUGGAGAAAUUGCGCAGUCUGCCUACACAUUGCAUGCAUGAGGACAUUCUGCUCCCAGAGGUGAGCUCUCUCCCUGUCACAGACGCUCUGAUAGAACGUGAAAGCAAUACGCAGCUGCGCAAAUGGCGAGAAAAUCGUGGAGAGCUACAAUAUCGACCAUCCCGUAGGAUGCAUGGGGCCCGCCACCUUCAUGAAGAGAAAGUGCGUCUUAAUCCAGCCCUCAGCGGCAGCCGGCUCAGCCUCUCAAGUCUUAUGCGACCUUCUCCUCCCUCCACACCUGCCCUGGUUACACAUCCUGGGUCUGUGGUAGUGUCAGAAGGCCUUCGGCCAGCAUUGCCAUCUCCCACAUCCAACAAGGCUCCACUUGGACCACCAAAAGGAGAGAAUAAGAAGGUAAAAGAGAAACAGAGGGAAGAGGAUAAAAGACGUGAGAAAGAAGAGAGAGAAAAGAGGGAGCGUGACAAAAAAAGAGAAAAGGAGGAGAGAGAGCGAGAAAGAAAGAGAGAAAAGGAAAGGGAGAAAGAGGAGAAGCGAGCACUGAAAGAGAGAGAAAAGACGGACGCUAAACUGAAGAAAGAACGCAAGUUUUCUUUCAGACGAAAAGAACAGUCUUCCCCUGCGUCUGACCUGCCCCAGAAAAGUGGCAAAGGCUCAGCAGACGGUGAAGAGGGGGCAGUUCAUGACACCUAUUUCUGAAAGGACCUUUCCACUCUCAUUGAAUCGGGGGUCUUGCGUUGAAAAGCAGAAGAUUGGGGAGGGGGGACUCUAUAAAUGGUUGCAAUUUUGUCUUGUGUAAAAAGGCAUUCCUCUACCCUAACAGUUAUUCAGCACUAAUGUGUGCCAUCCCCCCCCCCACACCCCUCCUGGGAACUGUGAUAUUGAUAGGAAGGCACUCCAGGUGCUGAACAUUAUGGGAUAUUAAAGGGCAAAUGGCGAGAGGGCUACUGGAUAUGCAUGUAUCAAGCAGUACCUGUUUGGCAGAAUAUCAUUGGAUAGAGAUGAACUGGCACUUCCUGUAGGGAAAUAGGAGGCAGAUGAUUGGACAGAUUGGAGCUGAUACCUCCCACUUGGAGUGAGGAAGCAGGAAUUUUCCAGGAAGGGGGCAUACUAAGGGUGCAGAGCAUCUUUAUGGAUGGGGGUGUUGUGUUCUCUAUUUGUUGAUUUUUGAUUAUUACAGAAAUUGAGAUCUCUGUCAUAGGAAACCCACAUGGCCGGUCUGUAUCUUAUUAAUAUCCCAGCAGCCCAUCUGCUCUCAAUCAGUGUUUACAUAGCUUUACGCAGUGUGUCGUGGCAGCAAAGCUCAGCAUUGCUCUAUCCUCAUCAUACACAUUGGCUUCUUCACCCCGCUUAAACACAAACACGUACGUAGUAUAAUGCCCAUCACUCAUACACCCAGCAUGCUCUGCUACCAACUUUUACACAUAUUAUGUCUGGCUCUCCCAUGCACCCAGCAUGCUGUGCUCCUGACUUCUACACAUAUAAUGUGUGUAGGUGUGUUGGGAAGCAGAGUAAGCAGAGUGCUGUGCUACAUGCCAUGCAGCCCUCCCUUCCUGUACCUGUCUGUGUUUACAGCCUGCCCGCCAUUGUGGGCCCAGCUCCAAGAAAUGAAAGUCAUAGUGUCUUGCUAACUUUUGUUCGCUGCAUGUUUAUAGGGCACACUCCAACCCCUCCGCACGCAUUUCAGGUAUUUCUUUCUAAUUUGUAUAUAUUUUGGUCAAGCAUCUUUCUCGAUUUUAAAUAACGCCCUCUACAUUUAUGUACUGUAUUCAGAAAUCUCAGCACUAACAACCCCUGACUUGCAGAGCGCCAAUAACUGUACCUGAGAACAAGCAUGUGCGCUGUGUAUUAAUCUCGGUGUGAGAGAGGCCACGUGUGUGCUGAGUUUACUCAUGCACUGUCACUUCUGUGUGUUUGCUUGUUGUGCUGUGCUGUGCGUGGACUCCUGCUUUGCAGCACUGUUUGCUGUGCAUGUUCUGUGGACUCAUGCUUGCCGCUCCGCAUUGCUCUGUGGGCUCCUGCUUGCCGCUCCGCAUUGCUCUGUGGGCUCCUGCUUUGCCGCUCCGCAUUGCUCUGUGGGCUCCUGCUUUGCCGCUCCGCAUUGCUCUGUGGGCUCCUGCUUUGCCGCUCCGCAUUGCUCUGUGGGCUCCUGCUUUGCCGCUCCGCAUUGCUCUGUGGGCUCCUGCUUUGCCGCUCCGCAUUGCUCUGUGGGCUCCUGCUUUGCCGCUCCGCAUUGCUCUGAGGGCUCCUGCUUUGCCGCUCCGCAUUGCUCUGUGGACUCCUGCUUGCCGCUCCGCAUUGCUCUGAGGGCUCCUGCUUUGCCGCUCCGCAUUGCUCUGUGGGCUCCUUCUUGCCGCUCCGCAUUGCUCUGUGGACUCAUUGCUCAUUCCACAAACUUGUGAUACAAU